GGGGAAAGCAAAUCAUGGUGGAAAGAGGAGAGAGCGGCUUUUGAUGCUAGACAAAAUUUUUUUUGAAGAAUUGCGGAGGAAGAGAUAUACUUACCUGGUGUUGCGACUUCAGUCCUGAUUAAGGGAGAGAAAUUCUCCACUUAAUUUCUUUUUUUAGGAGCUUUAUUUAUCUGCGAAUUAAGGAAGUACCAGACUGAAGCAGAUAAUAUAUUUCUAUCCAUUUUUUGUUUCUUCACCCGUUGCUUUCAUUAAUAGUAGAACUCAAAAUCAUGAAGCUUAUUGCGCUCGUCAAAUCUGUUUGUUCCCAUUCCACUCUUCGUGAAAUAAUUGGGCCUUUGCAGUUUCGUAGCUUCCAGCAUGACUUUGUUCCCAGAGAUCCAAAGGCCAAACCAAAAAGGUAUAAAUAUCCUGCGUUUUAUGAUCCUUAUGGUCCUAGACCCCCACCAUCUGAUAAAAUCAUUCAACUUGCUGAACUUAUCAUUGCCCUUCCUUUUGAGGAGCGAAAGCAAAUUGGUCCUACUCUCUCUGAAAAGCUAAGACAUCCAAAGCUGCAAACAAUUUCAGUAGAAGGCAUGGACUUGGGUCCACAGGGAGGAGCAACUGCUGGUGCUGUGAAGACGGAGGAGAAGAAGGAGAAAACUGCGUUUGAUGUGAAGUUGGAGAAGUUUGAUGCUGCAGCCAAAAUAAAGGUGAUCAAAGAAGCUAGGGCAUUCACUAACCUUGGAUUAAAGGAGGCGAAGGAUCUAGUAGAGAAGGUGCCAAUCGUUCUCAAGCAAGGGGUCACCAAGGAUGAGGCAAAUGAAAUCAUUGAGAAGAUAAAGACUGCCGGAGGAGUUGCAGUUAUGGAGUGAAGAUGUCCAGCCAUUCUUUUUCACUGUUAUUUUGGCUCAAUUUUGAUGUUUCAUGUCUGUAAAAGAUGGUGGAUCGCCAUCCCUUUCCAAUGCUGAAUUUCCCAUGUGGAUGUUGGUUGAUUCUCAUACGAGAUAGGAAGUUUAGUUUUAAUUUGUUUCAACUGGAUUUUCAUUAGAUAAGUAGUUGCGAGCAUUAUUUCCAGAGAAAAAGUGUAGAGGUUAAACGAAUAAUCCUGAUCAGAAUUUGUGAAUUAGUCUGAGAAUUGAGAAUUCAUGGAGUUGCAAAAAGUGUUUGCAACUUUUUUUUUUUUGUGAA